GUUGGUGAUACAGUCGGAGUGAUGCGAAAGGACGAUGGUUGUCUGCAUUUCUUUGUAAACAGCACAGAUCUGGGUAUUGCAGCACAGAGUGUCCCAGAUAAUGUGUAUGGUGUGGUUGAUUUGUUUGGUCAGUGUGCUCAGGUUACCAUUGUUUCAGAUGCACAAGAAAGUGGAGAGGUUACUUUAGAAAAUACCCUAAAUGGUAAGAUGAAUCUGAUUAAAGUCAAGCCUCUAUUCAGUGAUCAACUUCUGUCAUGUAAUUGCUAGCCAAAGUCCUGGACAUAAUUUUCCUUAUAACUGCUGUAAAACUGUAUGAGGUCUAUCAAGCUUUCUUAUUCACCCAUUCUAGGGUUUAAACAAGCUAUUUUUAUUGUCUUCUGAUACUGUUACAGUAUUAAAAUAAGUUUGCUGUCUUUGUUAAGAGUACCCAGCCGAGUCAAAAUGUUUUACAAUAGUAGCCAGAAUAACCGGAGUAGCAGAUGACAAAGGCCUAAACUUGUGUGGUUUUUAUUUUAUAUUAUUAAACUAAGUGCAGAGGCGUGUGUGGCCAGGCACUUAACAUCUCAAACUCCGGACGUGCAGGUCCAGGGUUCAAGCUUUGCCCGUCACAUUGUUUCCUUAGACUAGGAUCUUAAUUCCACUUUGUCUCUCUUCACCCAGGUGUAUAAAUGGGUACCAGCGACAUACUUCUGGGGAAACCACGGGAUAGACUAGCAUCCCGUCCAGGUGGUAGUAGCAAUACUCCUAAGCAUACCUCAUGCUAAGCAAACCAGGAUAGGCUCCGGCUAUUUGGGCUUUUGGCUCAUAUGAGCCUUUACCUAUUUUAUACCAUUAAACUAAAAAUUGAGGCAGGUGGCUGGCUCAUUUCAUUAGAACUGUGGAAAAAUUUGUCUAUGGCCUGUAAUCUCCGCUAUUAUGUUUUUGUUUUGGCUCCCAUUGAGGUUAAUUUUUCUUGAUAUACCUUUUCAGCCAUAUUUUUCUCUUGAUUACUUUUAAGCUAAUCAAACCUGUAUUGAACAGUCAACUCUGUUUUGUCACCAAUUUUAAAUCUGUUUUGUGUCAUAUGGCCUGUAAUUCUGUUUUUAAUUUGCCCAACUUUGCUAUGUUACAAUAUUCAAUUAUUGGAAAUCAUCACAUGUUACAAUUCAAUUUGGCACGCCUUUGGCAAAACUUUUGCUUGGUUUCAUUUAUUUCUUUGGAUUUUACCAAAAGAAACAGGAAUUUUAUAUUUUAAGAGUCAAGAGACUAAUCUUUCAGUUUUGCCUUUGUUCCCAAGGUUGCCCAUCUAAUACAAGUUUGAAUGUUUUAUGUCUUGUACAUUUUUAUGUUACUGUGCUGAUUAUGUUCCAUUUUUUGUUAAAUUUUCUUCGGUAGUCUCAGAUGCUGCUAUUAUUACACAAGAACAACCUGUAGAAUUAUCAUCAUCAGCGCCACCUCAAGACAUCACAGCAUCAAUAAAUGAAGUAAAUAACUGUUUUAAAUUUAGUUCGUAUCAUGGAGGACAAGUUGCCGUCAGUCAUGAUUGCCGGAGUGCUGUACGGAUUAAUCCUUGUGCGAGUUCAAUAAUGCCAUCGUUAUGAGUCAUAGGCCACUGAAGGAUGAUGAACUGUUUGAAGUGAUUGUCGAGAAACUGGUCAGUCGCUGGUCUGGUUCAAUGGAAGCAGGUCUGUACAUGUAGAGUUCUGCCCAGUGUUUGUGUAUAACUGCUAUGAAAUUAUGCAACUUCACUUGCUCAUUUUUAAGUUUUCGCCCAUUUCCUUUCUAGCCAUCAUUAUAUAAACUUAAGCUUUUUUAACAGUUAAUUAAUACUUGCUUUAUUUAUUUUUUGUAAUAAUAAUUAAUAAUAUUAAUAACAAUGUAAUAAAUUCACAUUGUCAGAUGACCUUAAAAAACAGCUUUCGAUCCACAAGAGUUAAUUUUUAGGAAUUAAACAAUUUGGCUCACAAUAACUUCUGCAAUUUUAAUUUCCCCUAAAGAACUUCAUUCCCCAAUUAACCACUCUAGAAAUGAGAAGGUACAGAGUAAGGGGAGCCAAAAUGUUUCUGGCACGUUUACAGGGCAUGCGCUGGUCAGCUAUUGGCCAAUUUUUUCCCCUGUUCCUAUUAACAGUUCCAGACGUCUUUGUGAAAGUUAACUCUUUAAAGUUCCCUCUUCGUUUUUGUUGAGUGGCGAAUGGGCAAAUUAAGAACAGAAUUUUCUCGCCUGAUUGUAAAAUCCACUAGCCCUGGGCUGUCAGACACAACUGUCUUUGAAUAGUUUUCUGUUUUUUUCAGGAGUGAAAAUGAUAUAUCAAUUUCAGAAUUCUUUGAUACUAUACAAUUGUUAACUUAAUGCUUUAACUCUUGUCUUGGGGCAAGGUACAUUGAAAAACACUAACUGCCUGAAGUAUUUAAAUUAUGAUUUUGUGCUCCUAGAUCAAACCUCCAUCUUUAGGCAUCUGGGUUACAAGAUGGCACAGGUGUAAAUCAUGGAGGAAGAGUGAAAGUGAAGUUGUCGGCUCUUGUAAAACUUAAAAAGAAAAUAAGUUUACACAGCACAACUUCAGACAUGAUAGAUGUCCCUUCAAUAUUAGGAGCCCAUAGCUUAACGUUUCCAUUUUCAAGCCUUUGAUGAUGGCCGUUAUGAUCAAGUUGUGGCAAACGAAAAUAAGAAUUGAACUCAAAACUUGGAGAUAGAGAUUUGUGAUACUUACUUAAUUAGUUAAAUCCUUACCCAGGUUAAAGUGAGAUGAUUUAUAUUUCUAACUUUUGCAUCUGUUUGCAAAAUCCCAAGGCUUUAGCAAUCAAUUUAAACCUCUUUGACAGAAGUUUUGUAAAGUACAAUUUAAAUUGCAGGAUUUUACAAAAAUAAAUUUGAAUUAAUAAAAUGUAAUAUUUAUUUUGCUACAGGUGUUUCCACAACACCUCCAGACCAGCUCAAGUUUCCGUGCACCAUGACAGAUCUUGUCACAGGAACGUGGAUGCUAUCUGGGGCGACUGUGCUGCAGAACGCAAGCACCACCCAAAAUGGGUAUGGCUGUGAUUUGGACAAGCUGGAAGAAGGCUCCCGUCUUGGAGUGAUGCGCAAAUCAGAUGGGUCACUGCAUUUCUUUAUUAACAAACAAGACUGUGGUGUAGCUGCUUCUAAUGUACCAUCUGGUAAAUUUACACUCUCAAGUCUUUCUUCAACAAAAAACAACAUUGACUUAGGGGUGGAGUCGUCGUGAGAGACCUCUGCUAGCAGGGAAGGGUGGGGGGUUUAUGGUCUUUAAACAGAGUCGUAUGAAAAAGGAAAGAAAUUGUUUUUUUUGUUUUGUUUUUUUUUUACCUUUUUAAUAACAUUUAUUGGUUACAACACUUCUAAUGACAAUACUUACAUUUACAUGGAGGAAAAAUAAAAACAACGUACAAGAGAUAAAGGAAAAAUACAAUGUUACAGCGUUAGGAAGAAUUGUUACUAAAAAUUGUUACUAAAUUGUUACUAAAAGCGCGCAUUUUAGACCAGUGUUUCAACUACUUUUGCCCCUCAUUGUGAGUACUCAAAACUGCAGAUAAGAAUCAGUAAUUAUACAAUGUCCAACUGACUUUGCUAUGUGUGAUGAAAUCCUGUGUAUCGUCAGACAUGAUAACUGGUCAUGAUAACCCACUCCAACUGAUGUAUGAAUUGUAAGACUCGGAAGGUUUUUUUUUUUUUUUUUUUUUUUUUGGGGGUAUUUUUUUUGUCUCUUCCGCUCACAACAUGCCAAGCAAUAUAUAUCGUGUUUUUGUUUAGGCAUUUAUGCCAUGAUUGAUUUGUAUGGCCAGUGUGUUCAAAUAUCCAUUUAUGAUGAAGAUUAUCAAGGAAUUCAACCUGUAGAAGUUCCCACCGAGCGGACAGUUGUGGAAACUGUUCUUACAACUGAAGAGACGAUUGAAGGAACAAGUCCAGGUAUGUUGGUUAAAAAUGAAAACAUCAGUUUAAAAAUUCUAUAGAAAACACUGCUCUAGCAUUUAAUUGAAUGGUUACAACAUAGCAUUUCAUUCACAGACUCAGAAGUUAGAACCACCUUGUACAGCGCAAUGAACAGCAACACAGGAAAGUACUGCUCAGUAGCUUUCAGUUGCAUGGUCACAUUUCGGGAUUUUGUUUGUAAACUCAAAAGUUCAGAUCAUUUUCUAAAGUAAGCGUAAGACACAAUAAAGCUGCUGCAUCAUCUUGUUACUAUACUUUUUAAACUUUGAUUUGUAUUCAGCUUUCCUGGACCUCAAGCCAAACUUGGAUUUGUUCUUCAAAUAGUUAACGCAGCAUAUUUGUUUUCACUCUUUUUCAAGGUAAAGUCAAAUGUGGCUUUCAUUCCUGUUGUGGCAAGAAUAUCCGUCUUUUGAAUAAUAAAAUGACAGCCUCUAGGUCUCGUGGAUUCAGCCAUGGUCUUGUGUUCAGUGCAAAGCCUCUCGAAGAAGAUGAAAUAUUUGAGGUACGUGGCCAUAUCCUUUCAAUGUUUCUAGCACAAAUUGAGAACACUGUUUUUCGAUUGGAGACGGUGCCACUAUUGCUAUAUGGCGAUGUAAGUCACGUGAAGGUUAAGCCGUUUGCAGGAUUAUAACAGGGUUCGUACAGGUCAUGGAAAACCUGGAAAGUCAUGGAAUUUAAUAAUUUCAGUUUCAAGGCCUGGAAAGUCAUGGAAUUUAAUUUUCGGUCCUUGAAAGUCAUGGAAAAAUAAAGUUUUGUUUGGUAGAUAAGUUACUGCAUAUGACAAAGCAAGGUUAUCGUAAGAUAAAGAGUUGCAAUUAAACAGCACGAACGGCACGCAUUUUGGUAGAUACCGGAGUUUGUUUUUGUCGAACUGUUUAAGCCGGUAAAAAAAAUAUGCUAAAACAAGUAGAGUUUUGAAAAUUUUCGAAAAUGACAGCUAUAUGUUAACCUAAGGUCAUAGAAAACUAGAAUAGGUUAUGGAAAAAGUCAUGGAAUGUGAAGAACUCAAAAGAGUAUAGUCUGCUACACAGCCGUUUUUAGUGUCGUCACGCAACGGUCCUCCAGCGUUACGUGACGACACUAAAAACGGCCGUGUAGCAGACUGAAAAGAGUACGAACACUGUUAUAAGCCCCGUGGGAUGUAAGUUCCUCCGUUUAUACAGUUUAUAAGCACUUCUAAAAGUCCGUACGAAGAUGUAUAAGCCUUGGACUUAUAAGCGGCACUUUACAGUAAUCAAACACUUUUCUUUGCUUUUCAGAUUGUUAUUGACAAAGUAACAGGUAACCAUUGGUCAGGAUCCAUCGCUGUGGGUAUCACCACUAAAACCAUCCCUCUGUUAACUGUUCCUGCCUCUGUGAUGGAUCUGCGAGAAGGCACAUGGCUAAUGACUGGGUCCUGUGUCAUGAAGGACGCUGUUGUGGUCAAGGAAAACUAUGGUCAUAGUUUGGAUAGAUUACAGGUAAUCAAUAACUACAACCCUUAUUGAUGAACAUUUUAACGGCGCUUAAUUUCACUGUUUUUAAUCUGCUUUGCGCACUGUGUUCAUAUUGCAUGGAGGGAUAAUCUGCCAACUGUCAGAGUUCACUUAUACGCCAGUCGUUAUUUCGUUAAUUGCAGUGUGACCAGUAAGGAGAAUAUUCCUUUUGAUAUUCCACAGCCCAAGACAAAGAUUGGUGUACAAAGACAGAGGGAUGGUACUUUUCAUGUGUUUGUUAAUGGAGAAGACCAGGGAGUUGCCGCUAUGGAUAUUCCUCAGGUGAGUUGUUGGUCUAGUCUCUGUACUUACAGGUAAUAUUGAUUGAAACCAUAACCAGCAAAGAACCGGCACGGACACGAACCAAGUAAGGAGCUUAAAGCCCCGUGCAAACGGACGCAACAUUGUUGGCCAAUAACUCCCAACAUUGUUGGAUGUUACACGUUGCGUCCGUUUGCGUUAGUUGUUGGGAACGACAAAAAAACGAUAUUUAUAGGGGUUUUAGCCAAACAACAACUUUGACCACCGUUCAUCAAGCCAUUUUUUUUACAUCUUCUUUCCCAUUAGUGUAUUCCUACUGCAUAUAUAAGAAAUUUUUAUAAAGUGUGAAUAAUAAAUUGAAUUGAAAAUUGAAUUGAAUUCAACCAAUUUCAAACGUCCCAACUUUAUCGGGACGUAAACAAGAACCGCGACGGCGACGUCAAUGAAAACGAAUUUUAGAUUGGCUUUGCACGUCAUCAGGCUUUUUACAAUUUCCUUCCACGUUUUAUGAAGGACGUAAACAAGAGGCGACGAAUUUUACUUUCUCUUUUUAAAAUUUACGUGCGUACGCACGUAAAAAUUAUGCGACAUUGGAAAUCCGCCUUAAUGCUUACUCGGAAGCGCUUGGAAACAGGUGACAUUUCCCGGCGACACGACUGGUUUCCCAGCGAAAUGACGUCUGAGGAACGAGCGCAAAAAUUCCAUACUGAUGACGUAUAACUACUGCCCAGAUCUUUCAUUGGUUGAAGCAAAAUUCCCUCACGGCAGAACCAAUCAGAAGUACUGCCCAGAUCUGGAUAAAGACACGUCAUCAGUAUGGAAAUUCUGCGCUCGUUUCUCAGACGUCUUUUCGCGGGGAAAGCAGCGGUGGCCUCGUAAAAUGUCGGCUUUUUUCUCAGGUUAGCGAAUCUCUAGCCUCAAUAACGUCGUGCUAAUAAAUUGUUUAUCGUUUCAGAUCGUUCACGCUGUGGUGGAUAUCUAUGGCAUGGCCAAUAUGGUAUCUAUAUCAAGUCCUUCUUCAGGUACACUUUCAACUUUGUGCAGAUACAGUAAAAACCCGCAACCAAGAACCUGGUUUUUAAGAACCUGUUAGGCUAAAAUUUGCCAGUUAGGCCCGAUCUAUACAAAAAUUCUGUCUAGCCUAAAAUUUGAAACAGGUUCUUGUUUUCUAAAAUCUAUAAAAAAAAUUCUGUACACUCUUUGGCAAACAAAGAUUCGUCAACAUUCAGAAUCCUCUUUGGAGACAUAGGUGUCCUAUCACUCCAACUGCAAUGUAAUGGCAUGCAGAUUUUACAUAAGGAAUAAGCUGAAUUUAUCACUAAAUACUCUUAGCUUGAAUGUAUUUUUUUCUUCAUAGAACAGGAAACUAUUUGAGAACCUACGUAGCCUAAAUUUGUGCUAAUUACCCUUUUUUAAGAACCUGUUUAGGCAAACUAAGCAAAAUGCAGGCUCAGUUUAGUUGCGGGUUUUUACUGUAUCUACAACAGUUAUUUCAUUUUAAACACGCCACUUUUGAAGGACUAAAGACCAAAACAAUUCCAAACAAUUUUUUUCUUUCUAUUUGAAUAUUUAUUUAUUGAUUUUUUUAUUUGUUCAUCUUUUUCUUCUACAUUUUUCACAGACAUUUCUCCCGGCUCUGUUGGUGUCUUGGUAAAUGGAGAAUCGCAUGUGUCAGUCUCCCAAGUUUCCGAGGUGACCACUUUUUAUAAAUUGUAUCCGAAUUUGAUUUGAUGGUACUUUUUGCUAGCCGCUUUAGAUUCUUUAGAACCUAUUCACUUUUACUUUUACCAUAAUCGAGCGAGGCGCGAGUUAAAGGUCGUCCCUUUCAUCAGCUGGGCUAAAUUCAGCUAAUUAAGUCCGAACUUAGUUGAGCGUUUGCCCAGGUAAGUUAGGUUGUUUGAAUAAGCCAUUUCCACGAUGGCGUCAUUUUACUACUAAGACCAGAAUCCUUUUCGUUAUUACUUUGAUAUUUUAAUUUGGUAAUCCCACGGGGUUUAAAAAACAAAAGCCUUAAUUUGCACAAGAAAGUAAAAUUCUGAAUGAUAAUGGUCGUAGUAGUAAAAUGACGCCAUCUUGCAAAUGACCUAGCCUAUUUACGAUCGACCGUGAAGAGUAUUGAAGUUCGGUCCGGCGUAGUUAAGUUCUCCUUUUAAUUUUCCAGGAGACCUGUGUGGCGGAGUGGUUAACACCUCGAACUCCGGAUCUGGAGGUCCAGGUCCAAGCCUCGCCCGUCACGUUGUUUCCUUAGACAAGAAACGUUACCUCCACUUUGUCUCUCUUAACCCAGGUGUAAAUGGGUACCGGCCACUUACUGCUGGGGGGGGGGGGGGGGGAGGGGUAACCCUAGUGGGACUAAAUCAAUACUUCUAAGCAUGCUUCAGAGUAAAGAAACCGGGAUAAGCUCGGGCCAUAUGGGCCUUUUGUUCGUGUACUCCUUUUUUUAACUUUCGAGGCCAACUUAAUUUGAUGGUCCCAAAUUUUCCAAUAUGUGCAUUAACUGUUGGGCCAGAAAUCCACAAUGUCUUAUAAAGACCCCUAUUUGAAGGAGUGCCUUUUUCGACUUUUAAAAAAAGUGACGUUUGAGCCAAGCUGAGCGUAAAGUAAUAUUGAUGUGGACCGACAACGGUUUUGUUUUGACAGGUAAAAGAACAGUUUGAAGGUGACUCCCGAGAUUCCAUCAACAGUUUACAAAAGUAAGCCUGUCCAUGAAAGGGUGUUCUUGCAGUUGGUACUCUGUGAAUUGUGUUGUCUUUCUAGGAGUAUACUUUGGGUGAAAAGUGUUUUUUUAUGGAACCUGAACAGUAGAACCCCGCCUUACGGCCACCUCGGUGAUAUGGUCACCUCGUUAUUACGGCCUUUUUUGUUGGCUCAGCAAAACGGCCAUACAUUUUCUUAUAAUAAAUUCUCGUUAAUGGGGUCAACCGUUAAUACGGCUAACGGCCAGAUCUUAAAAUCCCAAAUAGUAAAAUGUGGUCACUCUUUCGAAAUUUAGAAAAUUAAAAUGCCUGUAACAUGUCAAUAUCAUUGACCUAGUAAGCUAAGCCUGUUCAUCUAAAGCUUUUAGGCUACUUAAAAUUCAUUUGUGGCUGUUUACUAGCCGAUUCUUAAAAGUGUUUUAUGCACUGAAGGAGAGUUUCAAAUAGUCUUUACAGCGAUAUCUACAUUCCGGUUGUUUAUUACAGAGAACAGUUGUUCAAGCAGUGUAAAUGCUAUGUAUGGCGUAUUUUUUGUUUUCAUUACGGCCCUUAAGUCAUGAAAUUUGACCCUCUUCCAGUAAUAUGGUCACCAUUUUUUUUUUACCAAUUGGUGACAGUAUUACCGGGUUCUACUGUAGUUACUUGUGAUUUGUUUCAUUCUAUUAGGUUGCUUUUUCAUAAGAACUGUGGUCAGUUUAUUUCACUGGAUAGCAAUCGCACCACGGCCAGAAGAGUGGACAGUUAUAAUCACGGAGUAGUGCUGAGUGAGAAACCUCUUCCAGAUAACCACUUAUUUCAGGUUAGGUAACCUUGGAUUAAGUAGAUCUUAACACUGCUUUACUAGCCUAUUCACAGACCUUGUAUUUUCCCUUCAGAGAUCGUCGAGCGCGCGUAUGAAAACAAAAUCUGCCAGGGAUUUAUUGACUUCAAGCGCAAGAAUGAAUGUAUUAUUAUGUUGAAGUGAAACGUAGGCAGGGCUCUGUAGGUUAAAGAUUAAAUGCUAAAUGCUUUACCUGUCCUUUGUUUGUUUGUUUUUUCUUUCUAAAGCCAUUGCGGAUAUGUGUGUGAAUAUAUGUGCAAUAAUUAAUCAUACUGGUAAAUAUUGUUAGUUAUCGUUAGUUACUUUACUUUGGCAAAAUCAAUUGUAUUUAGUCUUAUAAAAAUAUUGCUUUUUAGAAAAGUGAAUGUCUUGUAAAUUUCGUCAACCUAAGGCAACUCAUUUUGAUUUUGAUUCUAAUGUAAAAAAAAUUAAAUAAAAGUUACUGGUACAAAAAGAAAAAGAAAACAACGAGUGUGUUUAAAAGGACGGAUGCGCCAAGUCAGGAGGUGAGUUGUUUUUCUUUAAUUUUCUUUUUUCAAUAUUAGGUUUGUAUUAGGAAGUUAAACAGCCGCUGGACAGGGUCUGUGAUGAUCGGCGUCACUGCUCAGGACCCAGAUGUCUUGACAAACCUUCCAAGCACGGCUAAUAGUAUCAAGAUCAGUCCUUGGAUAGUUGUCAACAAUGCAGUUUACGUCAAUGGAAAUAAGGUAUGAUCCAAGGUCACUGAAUCGAGUCAAAAAUAGCCGACCUUCGAUAUAUUGACAUUCUAACAUGACUCCGAAGCUUUAGGGUCCAAAUUGUAAAUUUUGUACGACUCCGUAGUCUCGCAAUUCCCAAAAGAGACCUGAACACAAAGAAAACCAAACCGACUAGCAUAGCUACAAAAAGAAACCAUAAAAAUGAAACAAUAGUCGGUUCAAACUAGCUGCAAAUACUCACGUUUCCGCGUUUCCUCUAAACGGGAAAAAUGCCCUCCCCGCCGGCAAACGACAAGUGCCGUUCGCGGGAAAAAAACAUGCGGUGCGUAAUCUCUCUUCUAGGGUAUGUACCAAACACCGAAAAAGCGUAGUGGGACGGGCAGAAGCUGAAGUGUGCAGCCUGUGCGCUUGAAUUACUCUCAAACUCUCCCUAUCUCCUCUCUGGCCAAUUCAAGUGUUUCGCGAUGUCAUACAUUUCGCAGUCUUUGAAAAAACGCGCUGUCUACAGUAAAUGCUUUCAAAUAUAGGUAAACGACAACUUGCGUCGAAGCCUUGACAGUCUUCAAGAGGGAGACACUCUUGGAGUGUUUAUUGACAAGAAGAGCCGGUUACAUUUGCUUAUUAACGGAGAAGACCUGGGACCCAUUGCCCAGGCCAUCCCUGCCAGACGAUUUGCAGUGCUUGACCUAUACGGCUGCUGCGAGGAAGUGUCUAUAGUGACUGCUGACCAUGGUGAGCGUGGGCGUGUCAGUAUGGAAGAAGUAAAGGCUGAGAGAAGCUCUGGUAAGUAGUUGUUACUUUGUGUUAACUGAACGCAGACAUUUUGGUGGGGAAAUCAAACAACACAGCACGGCAAACUUGUAAUGUUUCUACUUUUCAUUAGUUCGCCUUCGAAUAGAGGAAACACCAUACAUUUUUUUAGUGAUGCAAACUGUAAUGUUGAAUUUUACACUUAACGUUUCCUUCCAACAUUUUUUCCAGGUGAAUACAGUAAAGGUCCUUGUGAUUAUAGACAGUUGUGUGACCGAUUCCGAGCUAGUCUAGCAAUACCAGGUUAGUGAAAAAAAGUGUCCACACGAUCGUCAUUAUGUCUAGGAAAUAGCUAUUCUUGCCACCAUCGCAUGGUUGGUGCUAUCCUUGUCGUUCUUUUGUUUCUAUUGCCUAAUUUCAAACCGAGGAGGGCUAGGUUCGAGUCCCUGAAUUAUGGGAGAAACCCACAUAGUCAGAAAGAGCACAUCGAGGUUAAGAGAAAAUUUAAGUUUGGUGUUAAUCGGGCCAAUAUUGAACAAGAUAUAAUUGUUUAAAAAGUUGAAAUUUUAAUAAGAGAGAUAUGGAUUUAAAAUACUGGAUACACCGUCUGGACGUCUACGUAUUUCUUAGUAAAUUCUGGAGUUUUUGAAUGGCUGUACAUCGUUCAUUAUAGGCCCGAUAAACACCAAACUUGAGGAUUUUGUAAAUCUCGGUUUCCUCUUUCUGACCUUGUGGGUCUCGAGUUGUUUAUCCCGUAAUAAACAGACUAGUCUAGCGCUCCUCGGUUUGACAUAAAGCGAUGAAACGAUUGGCCUGAUCUGGGAUCCCAGGACUCUUAGCUUUAAAUUGAUUUGGUAGACAUUUUGUUUUUAGUUACACCAUAAAAUACCUUAGGGCUCCUUGGUAAUUGAUCGUUUGCUUUUGUUCACAGACGAGUAUUUUAAUACAGACUGUAAGUUAAAUGUAUGCUAUUGUCAAGCCUGCCACGAGGCCCGUGGAGAAAAGCGCUAUGCUGUCAGCGGUGAUCCACCGUGUCGUUAUGCGUUGCCAUUGGGAUGGUGUCAGUUUGCGUUAAGGUGAGCAUGCGCAGACUUUCCCUCAGGUUAGACUCGUUCUCGACCCCAGAGCUCGUGCUUUUGACUUCGUGCGUGAGGUGCUUUUCUCUUCCUGGCGGUCAUAUCUUUAUCCAUGUAUACUUAUACGAGUUGAGAAAUGCCUUUUCAGAGUAGGGUCUCGCCUGAAUCCCAUUACGUGAGAGCGUCCAUUCUUCACAUUAGGCCUGGGUCAUACCUUGGUAGUUUUUUUCUUUUGGUAUGCUCAUCUUUCGCCCCAACAACACUUUUAGACGGUCAGAGCAGACAAGGAUUUCCAGAAAUGGCAGAUGAGAUAAGCGAAGUUUAAGUGGUUAAAGAAUCAUGGAAUUGAAGGCCACUGUCGAGAUAAUUUGCCAUGUUGUAUUGUCCAGACGUUCAUAAAGAUAGCGAAUUUCACUGCAAAAUAAGUCUUUUGCAGUGUGACACUUGUUAGUGGGCGACAGACGCUGCGUGGUAACGAGCUCCUGGUAUGGCGUUAACCCAUUCGCCCCUGAACCGCCCGUAACCGUCCGUGCGGAUCCAGGUCCUUUCUACCCUUUGUGACGUCAUCAAUUUUAACGGUCAAGGACAACUUUCUUCGCUAACUUGUGUAGAGUGAAGAGAUCUUUCAAACCAUACCAGAAUGAGCACAAUUCAGUCAAGGAUACUGGAGAAAGAAGCAAAAAAACCCGUGACAUUGACCUGAAAAUCUCCACGAAAAUCUUGUUCCAUUGCCCACCUACCUUUCCUUUCACCUAAUCCUAAGAUCCUUAAAGCUCUUCUAAAAACUCUUCCCACCAAAAUGAAGCCUACUAAAUGCCCAGCAAGAGAAAAAAAAAAUGAGGCAAGAAAAGCCAAAAAAGAAGGAAGGAGAAAAAGCGAAAAGUAAAAGUCAAGACUGCUGUGUCACUUUUAAACCAAAAACUCGAAAUUUUGCUUUCUGCGCAUGCCCGAACUUCGCAAGCUGAUGUUUUGCACCUGGAUCAGAAGGCCGCCAAGUGUACAACCUGUAAACCGGUUUGUGGUAUGUUUUAGCUCUUUAUAGCACGGCAGUGACCAGAAAACCACUUGACUAGCUUCAAAACGCGUUUUUUGGCAAAAUCUCCAGGAGCGAAUGGGUCAACCAAAACCUACUGAAACCUUGAAUAGCGCCAGCCGUGGACUAACUGCCAGGUCCCAGCAUGCACUGCUUCAUUCUAUCUUCACACCCACCACCCGCUAGCUCCUUCCUUGAACACCUUCGAAAUCUAGUCACCUAGUAACAAUUGUCAUUUACUUUCUUUCUAAAAUUUAGAAUUCCUCCCCGAGUGGAAGGCUAUCACGUGUUUGAUAAAUGGCACGUGACAUUUUACGGUACUAUGAUUGGACGGCUAAGAAGAAUACUUGAUCUUGGACACAUCCCGCUUCAAGGUAACCACGCCUUUACUCCAUACGUUUAGUCAGUUUGGAGAAGUGCAACUCCUGUACUCUACAGCGUGGUCUCGUUGCUUUUGCAACGUAAAUCACAUGUUCAGUGCAGUUCACACUGCAGUGCAGUACAAUGAAUCAUUGUCUGCAUACCAUUUACCAAAACAUUUCCCUCAUAUUUGAGGGGGAAGACGGAAUUUCUUCAGCAAUAAUGCGUUUCCGUUUUCUAAUUCUACUGUGAAAAUUGUGAGCUUAAGCAACUACGACGACGACUUCAAAAAAACAAUAGGCUUAAUGAUCAAAACAACAGCUCUGCACGUGCAUCACGCUUUUAGUACAUUUCUUUGACGUCCACUGCACGACUACGGCGUGAAACCUUCUAAUUUGACGUUCUAUGGAGGACGUGGACAUACGACGACGAAUUCUCCUGCCUCUUUUUGAACUUGAAUAAAAUCCUUAAGAAUUCAACUCCAGGAAAAGUCGCCAGCAUUUGACAUAUUGAGCGGGUCCAAACAGACGCGAUUAAGUUUGAAAGAACGCAAAUUAAUUUUUUAGCGACGUUUUCACUGCCGUGGUUGUCGUGGUCGUUGCUUAAGGUCCCUACUGAAUAUCUCUGGAAGUGAAACACGCACAUCACAGUGGAAAAGUUCGUUCGAGACUCGAUGCAAUAAUACAUCCUUUUACCUUAUCUCCAGCAGGACCAACAAAGUUCUUUUUUGCCGGUUAUAGUACAAAUCAAAUAGGCCACUUCCGAGUUCCAAAAACCCUCACUUUCAAAAUGAGGCAAGGUACACAACCUUUCUUGUGAAAAUGAGUUUUAUUUGUACGAGAAUGAAAAAUGAUUUCCAUAUCAAAAGCGGAGCACUCGUUUUGAAACAGAGGCCCGGGGGACUCGGAAAUGGCCUAUUCGUUGCGUCUAAAUUGUUAUAGAACACUGGCCCCGGUUGUUGAAACGUCGGAUAGCGCCAUCCAACGGCUAAAUCACUAAUCCAGCGGUUAAGUAUUAGGGAAACCAAUUACGUUUUUCAUUCGGUAGAGGUUUAUCUAGGGGAUAGCGCUAUCUACCUUUAGAACAACUGGAGCCUGAUGACGUUAAAUGUAGUAAGUUUACCGUAAUUGUUAUCUAUAUGUCUGCAGGCUGUAGCAGUCAGCGGCGGAGUGGCUCGUCAAAUAAGGAAAACGAAGUACCUCAAUUGUGCGUGUCACCCACAAUUCUUUGCGCGUGUGAAACACAAGCAAAGAAGCAAGAGUAUGUAUUGGUUUUGCAUGUUUCUCCUUUAUUACCUCUCAAGAAUACUUAGUUAACUCAAACUUUCUUGAUGUAGUUAAGUCUGUAGAAUAGUCUUUUCCGCAACGGUCGCGGUAGUAAUGAGGUUACUAUACGUUACAAUACACCAAUUUCAGUACCGAAGCACAAGUACCAACUCCGCAGUAUGGCCAGUACCUUACGCAUGUGUACGUGGCGCACAUGGCUGCACAUGGCUGCUCUACUCAUGGAUACGGAGUUGGUACGUGUGCUUCAGUGCUGAAAUUGGUACUGUAUGUUAGACUGGAUUACGUCAACGCCUUGGGGGCUGUUGCUUGUGCCUGAAUAAUACGGGUAUUGGCUUAAAUAGGUGUUAUUCAAUGAUGAAUGAAUGUGAAUGACACAAGUGGAGAGAAGAACUCACAAAAAAUUUUGAGUUCUAGAUGGGAAUUAAUCCCACGACCUUCCAGACACGGACACUGAGCUACUAAGAACUCUAGUGAUGAGCAAAGAUUAUGUGCGAAAAAGGAGUUAGGAUUUAGUGAGUUUCGUGGUCGAUUAAUUUAAGGGAUCUGUUUAGUUUGAGGAAAAACUUAAUGUAGGUUGUACCGUAUGAGAAAGUUGUUUGAACGUUUCUGUUCGAUUUCUAGGUACAGAGAUGGCACAACGGGAGAAGUAUAUAGAGCGCAAGUCGCUUUGCAGCUUCUAGUUAAACCAGGCUCUUACAGAGCUGGGCACAGUCACAGAGACGUGGACGCUAAUGAACUGCUUGAUCAGAAUCUUGGAACGGAAAACUUGGAAUGGUAUCUGGAAAAUCAGGGAUCUGUUGUGUUAACCACGCUUCUUAUCAAGAUCGAGCCAACAUGAAGGCGUUGCCACCCGAGGUCCGCAAAUGUGGAUUGAAUGUCAUGAUUUCAACGCUGUGUUGUGCUUUCCGUCUGUUGAAACCAAAUUUUUCCGACAUAAAUGUGAAAUUUUCCCUUUAUAAUUGCCGAUCAAAAUGGGUAAUUUCCCCACCCUUUUUUUGGAUGUGGUUUGAGACAAAAAAUGGGUAUGCAUGCACAUUACUGUUUGUGGUGACGUGUAGCUAUUUAAAUGUUUGAUUGAUAAAAUGAGGUUUUCGAUCCCUGCGUCCCUUCCCCC